CCAUAAAUAAAUUAAAAGUCUUCCUAUAAUAUCUUAUACUUAUCAUCACUACAAUUCUUCUUCUGCUCAUCAACUCAUCAUCAUAUACCAUAUAUCAAGUUUACAUUCCCCUCUCUUCAAAAGCUACCAUGAUCAGAGAAUAAUUCUCUUCACUUCACUUCAACAAUUCUUUUGUUUAUGUAUCUGAUCAUUCUUCAGUAGCCUUGGAACAGAAGUAAGAGUCACAUCAUCAUUUUCAAUGACAUGAAAAGAUAAUUUGCAAAAAAUAAAUAAAUUUGGAUUGAAGUUGGAGAGCAAGAAGAAGUAGAGUUAAUGAAAAUGUCAGAUGGAAGUGAGAAUCAUGAGAAUGAAAGGAGUGGGAAUAAGAGUGAAGAACAAGGUGAGGACACUUCAAUGGGAUCUUCAUCACAUAAUAAUAAGUGCUCAAUAUCAUUUGACUUGAAUGAAGAAGCAAGUAGUGAUGAAGAUAAAAUUAACAACAAGAAUAAUAAUAAUAAUAAUGAAGCAUGUGAUGAUGAGAAAAAUGAAAAGGAUGAUGAUGAAGAAGGUACUUCAAGUUCAACAAAAAAUAGAAGUAGUGAAAGAAGAAAUGGUGUGAGACAAUAUGUAAGAUCAAAGAUGCCUAGACUUAGGUGGACUCCUGAUCUUCAUCACUCAUUUGUGCAUGCUGUUGAAAGGCUUGGGGGACAAGAGAGAGCAACACCAAAAUUGGUGCUUCAGCUUAUGAAUGUGAGAGGACUCAGCAUUGCUCAUGUCAAGAGUCACUUGCAGAUGUAUCGAAGCAAGAAACUUGACGAAUCUGGACAAGUGCUAAGUCCAACACACAGAUCAACCUAUGAGCUAGGUCGUAUUUCUCAUGUACCUCAUCAGUCCAUGAUUCCUCAUCAACAUUUCAAGAUGGCAAAUGGUGGAAUUAUACUAGAAACUAACUACAACCACCACAAUUAUAAUUUCCAUUCACUCCUGCAUCCCUCAUCCUUAUCACAUUCACAUUCAAAGACCAUCAAUCCAAGGCACAAUCAAUGGUACUUAAAUCAAUCUUCAAGACCAAGCUACAUCAGCAAUGAAAUUAUCUCCUCAACAGCCUUACAUACGCAAGGAAGAUCAAUAGCUAAUUCUAACCAACUUCAACUAAUGGAUACUACUACUACCACCACCACACUUGCUCCUAUGAGACCAAGCCAAUUUCUUGAAGAGAAAAGGUGGCCACCAUUAGAUAUCUUCAACAAUCAUCAUUGGAGAAAAAAUUUACAUACCAAUGUUUCUACUAAUACUACUGGACCACAAUCUUUUGCAUAUCAUCAAUUUGGCUCCGCUACAUCAACAUCACUUAGACCAAAUGAGGUGAGCUUUGGAAACAACACAAGAAUAAACAGGGAAAAUCUAUCAAGCAUCAAUGAGCACCACAACUAUUUCCACAAUUCAAAGCUAGAAUUUGAUCCUCCAUUUAGGAUUAAGUUGGAUGAAGAAACAUUGCAUAAAGACAAAAAAUGGGUGCCUGAUUUACAACUGAGUUUAAGUCAAACAAAUGACAAGAAUGAUGGCAAGAGUGAUGGUUUCAGAGAAAUCAACACCAAACUCUCACUUUCUUAGAAUUGAUUUAUCCAUGUCAAUAAUAAUAAUAAUAUAUAUGCAAAUAAAACAACCUAUAGUCGAUCAUAAAUUUGUGAGAGAUGAUAUUUAUUGAUACUAAAAGAAAGUUACAAAAUUACAUGAUGCUCCAAUACCAAUUGUUGGUUUACCAAUACAUAUUUCAUUAGGAUGAGCUUCUUUACAAGUUUUCA